AUGGCUCCAGUAAUAGAAGUUAUAACUGAGCGUGUAACCCUUGGUGAAGGUCCCCACUGGGAUGAGGCAACCCAAAGUCUUUACUAUGUGGACAUUUUUGGUCAAGCGAUCCACAAAUUUGUGCCUUCUACUAAUACACACACCAAAGUGGUACUAGAAGGAGGUCCUGUAACUUUAGUGGUUCCCGUUGAUGGUGCUACUAACCAGUUCGUUGUAAGCAUUGCAAGAAAACUACUCCUGGUCACUUGGGACGGCGUCAGUGAUAAAAUCUCCGAUUCCGAACUUUUGAUUGAAGUUGAAAAUAAGCCUGGUUAUUUCAAUAACAGGUUCAAUGAUGGCAAAGCUGAUCCUUCUGGGCGUCUAUGGGCCGGUACAAUGGGUCCAGAACCCGAAAUCGGGAAACUCGAAAAAGAAAAAGGUGCUUUGUACACUCUGGUCGGGAAGCAUCAAGUUAAGACACACUUGACUAAAGUGAGCAUCGCCAACGGUUUAGCGUGGGACCUGGGGCUGAAAAAAAUGUACUACAUUGACUCCCCCAGACGCACUGUGGAUGAGUACGACUACAACAUCGAAAAAGGAGAAAUCUGUAACCGCAAGGUUGUUUUCAACCUGGACGUCCACGAUAUUCCAGGUGUUCCCGACGGGAUGACCAUGGACACAGAUGGAAAUUUGUGGGUGGCAGUCUUCGACGGAGGGUGUUUGUUGCACAUCAACCCCAAAACUUCUGAAUUAAUUUCGAAGAUCAAUUUUCCGGCACGUCAGAUAACGGCUGCCGCUUUUGGGGGACCCAAUCUGGACGAACUUUACGUCACUAGCGCCCAGCUUGUUGUCAACGGGGUUAAGCAACCGCAUCCCGCCGGAGCCGUCUUCAGAGUCACGGGAUUAGGAGUCAGAGGACAGCCUGGCGUUAAAGUAAAAAUACCGAAAUAAUGUAAAAUACAGUGAUUUGUAUCAGUAGUAAAUGAAUAAAAUUUGCAACGAGA